GCGCGGCACUCCGCUCCCGCCGUUACUCCGUGCCGGCUUUUGCGGGAGGCCGGCGGCGCGGGGCCCUUUGGAAAUAGAAUAGCCAAUGUAAUCUGACACUUCAACUUGCUCGGCUCCGGGCGAGUUGAUUCACUUACUCACCCCCUAACGCCGAGUUCCUUUUCACUGUCUGUGGACAUUAAAAAAGCGAGCGGCGGCGGCGGGCGCCCGGGAGAGCAAGCUGCCGGCCGGGCGAGCAGCGAUCGGGCUGCAGAGCAAGGGAGCAGCGCCCGCGCAGCGCGCUGACCCUAGCCCCGGCCGGUGAGGAGCCAGAGCCGGAGUCGGAGCCGAGUGGAUUUCCGCGCUCUCGCUGCGCUCCUCCCGGCUCCAGCCUGCCCUACACGGCGGUGGCGGCGGCGCGUCCUCCAGCGGUGGCAGUGGUGCUCGCAGCGCCCGGACUCAGACAGCAUUGAACCCACUUGGCAUCUCCUUCGCCACAGCCUCCCUUCCCCAACAUCACAAAGAACCUUGAGUUGUGAUCGACUGGCAGGAGCCCCAGCAGGAGGAUGGUUCUUGAGUGAAGUGGAAGGGCUGUGAGUGACUGGCCAGCGCAGGAACACUAGUGUCUCUCGGCUCACUGAGGCUGGACCACGUUCAUGGCUCUCGGGUAGGACCCAGCGAAACGACCAGAAUGAAUUCUAUGGACAGGCACAUUCAGCAGACCAAUGACCGUCUGCAGUGCAUCAAGCAGCACUUACAGAACCCCGCCAACUUCCACAAUGCUGCUACAGAGCUGCUGGAUUGGUGUGGAGACCCUCGAGCCUUCCAGCGGCCCUUUGAGCAGAGCCUCAUGGGCUGCCUGACGGUUGUCAGCCGUGUGGCUGCCCAACAAGGGUUUGACCUGGACCUGGGCUACAGACUCUUGGCCGUGUGCGCUGCAAAUCGAGACAAGUUCACCCCCAAGUCUGCUGCCCUGCUGUCCUCCUGGUGUGAAGAACUUGGCCGCCUGCUGCUGCUGCGACAUCAGAAGAGCCGCCAGAACGACCCCCCUGGGAAACUGCCCAUGCAGCCCCCCCUCAGCUCCAUGAGCUCCAUGAAACCCACUCUGUCGCACAGUGAUGGGUCAUUUCCUUAUGACUCUGUCCCUUGGCAGCAGAACACCAAUCAGCCUCCCGGCUCCCUCUCCGUGGUCACCACGGUGUGGGGAGUGACCAACACAUCCCAGAGUCAGGUCCUCGGGAACCCUAUGGCCAAUGCCAACAACCCUAUGAAUCCAGGUGGCAACCCCAUGGCAUCGGGCAUGAGCACCAGCAACCCCGGCAUCAACUCCCCACAAUUCGCAGGGCAACAGCAACAGUUCUCCACCAAAGCUGGCCCUGCACAGCCCUAUAUCCAGCCCAACAUGUACGGCCGACCUGGCUACCCUGGUAGCGGGGGCUUUGGAGCCAGUUACCCUGGGGGUCCUAGUGCCCCGGCAGGCAUGGGCAUCCCUCCACAUACCCGGCCCCCUGCUGACUUCACUCAGCCAGCCGCCGCCGCUGCAGCCGCUGCAGUAGCAGCCGCCGCGGCCACAGCCACGGCCACAGCCACAGCUACAGUGGCAGCCUUGCAAGAGACACAGAACAAGGAUAUAAACCAGUAUGGACCGGUGUGUUCCUCUUUCCAGAUGGGUCCCACCCAGGCGUAUAACAGCCAAUUCAUGAACCAACCCGGGCCUCGGGGGCCUGCCUCCAUGGGGGCCAGCAUGAACCCUGCCGGCAUGGCGGCUGGCAUGACACCCUCGGGCAUGAGCGGCCCUCCCAUGGGCAUGAACCAGCCCCGACCACCCGGCAUCAGCCCCUUUGGCACACACGGGCAAAGGAUGCCCCAGCAGACCUACCCAGGCCCCCGGCCCCAGUCCCUUCCUAUUCAGAGCAUAAAGAGGCCAUAUCCGGGAGAGCCCAACUAUGGAAACCAGCAAUAUGGACCAAACAGCCAGUUCCCCACCCAGCCAGGCCAGUACCCCACCCCUAACCCCCCAAGGCCACUCACUUCUCCCAACUACCCUGGACAAAGGAUGCCGAGCCAACCCAGCACCGGGCAGUACCCACCCCCCACAGUCAACAUGGGGCAGUAUUACAAGCCAGAACAGUUCAAUGGACAGAACAACACCUUCUCCUCCGGAAGCAGCUACAGCAGCUACAGCCAAGGGAGUGUCAACAGGCCUCCCAGGCCGGUUCCUGUGGCGAAUUACCCCCACUCACCCGUUCCAGGGAACCCCACUCCCCCCAUGACUCCCGGGAGCAGCAUACCUCCCUAUCUGUCCCCCAGCCAAGAUGUCAAACCACCUUUCCCACCUGAUAUCAAGCCAAAUAUGAGCGCUCUGCCACCACCCCCAGCCAACCACAAUGACGAGCUGCGGCUCACAUUCCCCGUGCGGGAUGGCGUGGUUCUGGAACCCUUCCGCCUGGAGCACAACCUGGCCGUCAGCAACCACGUGUUCCACCUGCGGCCCACGGUUCACCAGACGCUGAUGUGGAGGUCAGACCUGGAGCUGCAGUUCAAGUGCUACCACCAUGAGGAUCGACAGAUGAACACCAACUGGCCAGCCUCGGUUCAGGUCAGCGUCAACGCCACACCCCUCACGAUCGAGCGGGGAGACAACAAGACCUCCCACAAGCCCCUGCACCUCAAGCACGUGUGCCAGCCAGGCCGGAACACCAUCCAGAUCACUGUCACCGCCUGCUGCUGUUCCCACCUCUUUGUGCUGCAGCUGGUACACCGGCCCUCUGUGCGCUCCGUGCUGCAGGGCCUCCUCAAGAAGCGCCUGCUGCCCGCUGAGCACUGCAUCACGAAAAUCAAGCGGAAUUUCAGCAGCGUGGCUGCCUCCUCGGGCAACACAACUCUCAACGGGGAGGAUGGUGUGGAGCAGACUGCCAUCAAGGUGUCUCUGAAGUGCCCCAUCACAUUCCGGCGCAUACAGCUGCCUGCGCGGGGUCACGAUUGCAAGCAUGUGCAGUGCUUUGACCUGGAGUCAUACCUCCAACUGAAUUGUGAGCGAGGGACCUGGAGGUGUCCCGUGUGCAAUAAAACUGCUCUGCUUGAGGGUCUGGAAGUGGAUCAGUACAUGUGGGGGAUCCUGAACGCCAUCCAACACUCCGAGUUUGAAGAGGUCACCAUUGACCCCACGUGCAGCUGGCGGCCAGUCCCCAUCAAGUCAGACCUCCACAUCAAGGAUGACCCUGAUGGCAUCCCCUCAAAGCGGUUCAAAACCAUGAGCCCCAGCCAGAUGAUCAUGCCCAAUGUCAUGGAGAUGAUCGCCGCUCUGGGCCCUGGCCCAUCUCCCUACCCCCUCCCACCUCCUCCUGGGAGCACCAGCUCCAACGACUACAGCAGCCAAGGAAACAACUACCAGGGGCAUGGCAACUUUGACUUCCCCCAUGGGAAUCCUGGAGGGACAUCCAUGAACGACUUCAUGCACGGUCCCCCCCAGCUCUCGCACCCACCGGACAUGCCCAACAACAUGGCCGCCCUCGAGAAACCCCUCAGCCACCCCAUGCAGGAAACUAUGCCCCACGCUGGCAGUUCUGACCAGCCCCAUCCCUCCAUACAACAAGGUUUGCACGUACCACACCCCAGCAGCCAGGCAGGGCCUCCAUUACAUCACAGUGGGGCUCCUCCUCCUUCCCAGCCUCCCCGGCAGCCACCACAGGCCGCUCCCGGCAACCAUCCACACAGCGACCUGACCUUUAACCCCUCCUCAGCCUUAGAGGGUCAGGCCGGAGCACAGGGAGCAUCCGACAUGCCGGAACCUUCACUGGAUCUACUGCCGGAACUCACAAACCCAGAUGAGCUCCUCUCCUACCUGGACCCCCCCGACCUUCCAAGCAAUAGCAACGAUGACCUCCUGUCUCUCUUUGAGAACAACUGAAGGCCACUCUCCACUGGGGCCAUCCCUCCCCACUCUGCCUCCUACCCCAUCUGUCCCACAUCCUUUUCCUCCCAGGAGCCCAUGCUCAGGCCUCCCACACCAGGACCUCAGGCUGAGAGCCGAGCAGAGCACACUAGGCAGGGAAAGCCAUGUGGGUCUCCAGUCCUGUUUGCCGGAAUGCUCCAGGAUCUGUGCCUAGAGCAAGCCUGAAGACGGCCCCUGGAAGACAAACCCAAGCUGAGGGGAUCCAGGCCCAGCAAGAGACAUGCCAAUGGCGACUGUAGGCCCCUCCAUGUGUGCUGACUCCAGACGACCGACCUUCCAGUGUCCCAAAGUUCUUCCAUGUUUUUAAACUUUAUCCCUGCCUCUUGGCCCAGAGCCUCCUUCAGAUGACUGGAACCUGAGAGAAGCCCGUGCUCCGGCCAGGGUAGUAGACAAGCCUUGGAGGAGUGGUAACAGUUUGCAGCAGUGAGGAAGGACACACACACACACACACACACACACACACACACACACACACACACACCACAGAAAAGCACAACCCUCUGGGGGUGGGGGGGAGAACAUCCCUCAGGGCCUGGGGCCAUGGCUUUGGCCUCUGACUUCUAAGCCAAGAUACCCUGUAAACACUCUCUCAGCAGAACAAGGACAAAGUGCCAUGUCUGAGAGAGCAUGCCACACCUUGUAGGGACUGGCAGGAAACAGGUCAGGGCCUUCCCCUGAGCCAAGACAAUGCAGAGGAGGGCUCCUUAACUAAGACCAGGGCCAUGCCUUGUGGGGAGCAGAGAGCAUGUGCACAAGUGUGCACCACACCAAAGGUGGCCCUCGGUUAGAGGCCAGGGGACGAUGCCAGCCAGAGCCCCACAGAAGUAGCCAGAGCCUUGCAGCUUUGCCCUAAGCCACUCCCUGCUUUUAAAUGACCGCAGCGAGGAGCUCUGAAGUCACGGAAGGAAAGGACAUUGCCUCUGGACAGCAAGCAAGCCAUUUCCCCCGUGUUCCUUCCUCCUACCCGUACGUCCUUCUCCAAGACUGUUCCAUAGGACCCACUUCCUCUGGGUUCUCCUUUCCCCAGACAGCUGUAGGGGCACAUGGUAGGGAAGCAGCGUGGGCCCCCGGGGAAAGGACUCCACAGCAGAGCCUCCAUGGAUCUCCAAGUCUCUCAGUCUGGCCCGGCAGGUUCUCUGCUCAAGGCUGCCUGUCUCCAGCCCAGACCUUUGCUGGGUGCACCAGAGCAUCUCAGCAGGCAGGCAUUGUGGCAUUUGUGUAGCUGCCUGUCACUCCCUGUAUUUCCCUCCACCCAGAGCUCGCUCCACACUCCUGCUCACCCAGCAAGUGCAGCCUCUGGCCCUCCUCUGCUUUUUCACUCCAUCCAGCUUAGAGUCCCCCUGCUGGCUUGUCCCUCGCCUGCUUUAUGCCAGGCUGGUCUGUGUCCCCCUGAGCCUCAUGGCCUACGGUGAUGCCAGGUUGUCCGCUCACAUGAAUCCCAUCUGUAAAUUCUUUGCUCCCUUCUCCAAUGCUGCCACCCAAGGCCCCCUCCUGCCUCCUGUCCACUGCCAGCGUCCUCAUUUGUCAUCGGUCAUUAGCCUCCCUCUGUGCUCCCUGGCACUCUUAAUAUAGAUUGAACCAGAAAGGUGACCCCUAACUGUUGACUUAUUGUCACCCUAAAAAAAAAAAAAGGCACAAGGAAAGCUGCCACCUCCCCUUCCUUUGUCCUGUUAAGGUUUUUUCAAGCAGUGUGUUCAGUAUGCAAAUCAAUUAUUUUAAGAAUCGCUUUUGUAAAUAUCUUUGUGAAUAUUUUAGUAUUGUCUUUGAUAAUAUUCAACAUUUUCAUGACCUGGUUAUAGCCUUUGCUGGUGUUUUUAAAAUAUCUUGACUCAGUGACAAAACCCGAGUCCUUUUUUAAAAAAACAAAAACAAACAACAAAAACAAACAAAAAACCAACCAGGGCUAUUUGUACAGAUGAGAGAGGACCAGAAGAGGUGGCCGUGCUCAAGUUGAGAGACCAGGCAAGCCACUGUUGAGAACCACUCUCAGUCAGCUGGUAGGGACAGCAUUACACCAGUUACCCAGUGUCUGUCCUGGCACAGGGCCGUGCUCUGUCAGACUGUAUGGAUUGUUCAGCUUCAGACUGACAAAUGCCUUUCUCACAAGUUCCUGCUUCUUGCCGUGAUACUGUGCCCCAGAACAGCCUGGGGUCCCUGCUAGUUCCUGUCAAGGCAUGCCCAGGUUCUCCACAGCUUUCCAGUGCAAAAGGCCUAGACACUCCCUGUAGCCCAGGCUCUCUGGUCAUCUCUCGGUUCACACCUGAGGCUGAUUUCCUAGGGCUCCCUCCCAGGCAAGUGCCCCACCAGCAAGUUCACCACAGAGCCUGAAGCCCACACUCCGGAAAUGUCUCCUUCCAGAGAAAUGUCAGAGCUGAUCCAGGGUUUGAGAGUGAGCUGCAAAGACAUCUGGGGCUGGAGCCAUGCCUUGGUAGUGACAGACGCAGACAUCCAUAAACAGGCAGGCCUAGGCUCUGGAAAGAUCCUCAGUCCUUUCUGACAACUCGGAGCCAUAGUAACCUCAGAAAUGAGGUCUCAGCAAGCCACUUUACCACAACGUGCAACCCACCCAUAGGCACGGACCAGCCGCCACUCAGCUACAUGGCUGGGCUGGGAGAGCAUGCGCAGAUGGGAAAGGCCCCCCCCCCCGCACAGGCGAUCACCCUCAUCUUCUUGGUUUGAAGCUUUAUUCAUGUCCUGUAGCCUUUAUUCGUAUCCUGUAGCCAUUUUAUUUUUUAAAAGAUUCCUAAUACUUUCUCCCUAACGGAAGCCCUAAACCCCAGAGAGCUACAGGUCUGCUCCCCAUGGGCCCUCGGGCCUGACCAAUCCAGACGAGGCAGUGAGCAGCAGCGACUCAAGGGACGUGUGUACAUAUGUAAAUGAGAAAUAGACAUGUCAACAAGAUACAUUCAUUUCUCCCGGAAUGUGUAUUGUUUUUAUUUUACAAAACAGAAAAAAAACAACAAAAGGCUUGGAACUCCUUCAUUCUACGUGGAAUACUAGAUCCCGUUUGUUAGCCUUCGUGACUCCGUCCUUGUCUCCUGUAAUAUACUGACCCUGUGUGCAGAGGCGUUUUUUGUUCCCUUUUGUUUUUAUUUUUACCUACAUGUACUAUUUACCUUCUGUGUCCUGGCCCUGCCACCUGUGUAUUUUUAGGGUGCUAUGGAAACAAUGAAGAGAAACGGGGAUUUCAGAAGAAAAUUGUAACCAAAUUCAUAUACUUUGUAUAAGUUUUUGAUAUCAUGAUCACAGGUGAUUCACACGUACACACAUCCACACCCACAUGUGCAGCCUGAAGUGACAUCCACAGAACCCGCCCUUGUCUUUGUACAUCGUAUGUACACUGCAAUCAUUUCAUACUUUUGACUGGUCAGAAAAAAAAAAAAACUAAUUGUGAUUUCUAGUCUUGCAAAGCUGUAUGCAGUUAGAUGAUGUGACCUCUAAUAUUUAUCUAAUAAAUAUGUAUUCAGAUGAAACCUGUA